GUAAAUAGUAGUUUAAAAGCGGUGGAUGACUUAUAGAGUAAUACAAUAUUUACUGAAAAUAUUUGUGUAACAAAAAGGAAAAUAUUACUUUAGGUAAAUAGCAACUAUGUGCCUUGGUUUUGGGAAGAACCAGUGAACAUUGCCUAGUGGCCGAUAGGCAAUAUAUUAGCUGACAAGGUUUUGGUGAUUGUGGCUGAAAUAUUCAGAACUCUGCAUGACUACAUAAAGGCUGCAACAAACCAUUAUGGAACGAUAUCAGUGGUAGGGCCAGCUUUUGUGAACAGGGAUGUAACACUGAAAGCGACACCAUUCUACCCUUGGGGAUGUCAAGUAGAAUGGAAAUACAUUAUUGACGGAGAAACACAAAUUCGAACAAUGAAUCUUGAGUUUGCUACAAGAUAUUCGGAGGACGAAUCAUUCUUUUUGAAAUGGAAGGCCACAGUUGCAUACAACAAAUCUGACUUCUACGCCGUAUGUUCAACAAACACUACGACUAGAACAAGCAUGGUAUCUUUAAAUAUGACAGAUAUUGUUGGACAAUGUGGAACUCUCGUGCUUUUAAACCCAGUUGUUCAAGGCGCGGAUGUCAAAUUAGGAUACUUUCCGUCUGACCUUUCCCUAUGGUAUAAAACUUUCCUUACACGAACAUGGAAGAAGAACAGCAAAGAGAUACAGCUACGCGAAGGUCAUUACGUAGAGGAAACGGUAACUGCAUAUCUGUACACAUUAACGGUACUCAACUAUGAUCACAGAAAUGAGGGAUCAUAUAUUUUAGAAUGCAAUUCAACAGAAACCACGGACUAUGUGCAGCUUUAUAUUACAGGGCGACCGAAUUAUCCAGUUCUCGGUCCAAAGUUCCCAGACUUUAAAACAACAGAAUGCAUUUAUGUUUAUGCAGGCUCCGACAUGCAUUGCAUAACAAAAAAAGGAGCAAACCCCGUACAGGUCGAACUUUUACUGGGUCAGAAAUCAUUUGUUCUUGCUGAAAGCAAAGAGAUCAAAGGAUUUUACCGAUUCCAUAACGUUCAUCAACAAAUGGCUGGACUGUCAAGACAGAAUGUAACAUGCCUCGUUUCAAAUGCAGCUCUUGAAACACCCUACGACGUGCAUGGCGUUCUCUGUAACGUAGAGAAAGGUAGCACGCCCGUGUUAACAGUUCCCGAAUUCCUUGAUGGAGAAAGUUCGACAGCAAUCUGUGAAGUGCACAAUGCUAUCCCAGCCCCGGCAAUAGAAAUACGCGUUAGCACAAUUUUGCUAACAGAUGUUCAACAAACAGAUUCAUUUAAUAGAUCCUCUAAUACUUUUACAAGCCGUGCAAAGUCAACAAAGACUAAUAAGAGGUGGAAUGGAAAAGAAAUGUGUUGCUACAGGGGUAGUAAACAUGAUUUCGGUUUGACAAAAAUUUCAAUAUGCGUAAACAUCAGUAUAAAAUAUCCCCCGUCGAAUCUUUCCAUAUUCGUCAACAAAAUGCAUGAAGAAAAUAGCAACAAUGUUUCCGUCUGUUUCUUAAACUUGACUUGUGAAACGGAUGCAUCAAAUCCGCCUUGCACAAUUGAAUGGUCAAGUGUCAAAGAUGAUAUAAGAUACCUUCAUAACAGCAACUGGACGAAUGGUGAAAGUGGGAGUUUCCGAUCUGUUUCAAACGUGCUCUUUAAUGUCACUAAAGACAUGGCUGGUGGAACUAUUACAUGUUCAACAAGAUGCGAUCAUUUCCCAUCGCAUUUAAAUGCAAGUUAUGAAAUAUCGUUUUCUGGAAGUCAACUCCAUGAUAAUGACAAUCGAACAUUUUCUUCAACAUCCCGAUUUCCUGUCAAAAAGGUUAUUAUUGGAACAGCCAUUUUCUGUGGACUCUGCAUCUUGUUUAUAAUCGUAAUUGGAAGAUGUGUAUUACUGAAAUGGCGAAAGGUCAACGAAACCAACACAAUAGAGAUUGUUGAAAACCAAAGCGACACAUUGUCGGACAAUGGCGUGCUACACAUAGAAACGGAAGGAGUCCAAUACGCAGUCGUUCAGAGGCGGGCGGCCACACAGAGGAAUGAAACCAACCACAUGGUGACGACGGCCUAACGUACGCCGAGUUGUACAUCAAGUUCCUACAAGAGGCUUACGCAAGAGUUUCACCAAGGAGAAAUAACACGCCGACAGAGUAUGAUGUCAUUGUGUUUUUCUCAACACAGAAAUCUGCUUAGGAAUCAUGGGUAACACAAAACAUCUGCGUAGAUCUUUAAAUAGGUCGAAGACAUACCGUCUAAACAAAAUAUACUGCCUUGUAUUGUUUUUUUACUGUAUUGCCUGUGAUUAUGUUUAUUGUUGAACUUUUUUUUGAACAGAAAUUAUUAUUUUUGAAACAAAGAGCUAUUAAAUACAAAAUUAAAUUAUUGAUAUUAAUUAUAAUACUGGGAUAAUGAUUGUUGGUUAAACAAUCGAUUUAAUCGGCACUAAGAGUGGGCCUCUAUUCAUGUACCUUUUCUGACUGCCUUCAGUGAACGGUAGCUUUUACUCUUAUACAUAUACAGACAUUAUAAUUACUGAAAUAUUGUUUGGUUUCUGUAUUUAUUCCAAAAUUUUACAUUCAUGUAAACAGGUAUACACUAUUGUAUGUCAGGCAAACAAAGCGUUAGGUUGCAAACAUUUUUGUAAUUCACUUCAUAUAACACUAAUUUCUUUAUAAAACAGGUUACUUUUUGGUAUUUGUAUUGUAUUUUUUUUCGUAGAGAUAUACGAGCCUUAAACAUUCCACUAUAUAAGAGCACAGCUUUUUCAAAUCGUCACCAUCUCCCAUUAUAAGUACUCUCUUCUUCAUUGUUACUAUUGUUUUCGUUACAAUGCUUAUUUGUUUAGGAAAGGUAUGGAACUGCAAUAUAAACCAUUAUUAUCUUCACUCACAUAUUUUAAUUAAAAUUGAAUGUAUUGCUAACAGUAAUGGAAUAUGUAUUUGAUAGCAAUUUGUUUGGCAAUGACUCGCACUACAUUUUAGAUUGAACUACAUUGUGUUUUUAAUUCGUUGAACACUUUCAUUUCAAUUCACCCCAAAACGAUAGCGUAAGCUGUCAUCCCCAAAACCAUGUGCACGUUUGUUUUAAUAUGCAAAAGCCAUAUAACUUUGGGACAACAUUAUCGUAUGUAUAUAGCUUGUCAUUGAUUUAAAUAUUCAUUAUUUACUUGUGUAGUUGAAUACCAGAAGUUUUGUGAGAAUGUAUUCAUCGGAUUAAGUUUAGAUAAAAUUGAGUUUUCUAAUUUUGUUCCCCAUAUCUACGUUUUAGUUUAAGGUGUAUAAAGUAAUUGUAGAUCAUUUUGUAUGUUCCGUGAUUUGAUUCACGGAAUACGUAAGUGUAUGAUAUUUUAUGACGUUGAAUCUGUACGCCAGUUUACAAGUCAUCAGGAAUACUAAGGAUGUGUGUAUUAAAUUUUAGAAUAUCACUUGCAUGUUAGAUAAAUAUUACACCCUUGUCAUACCACUUUUUAUAUUAAAAUGCUUUGUUAUUGGUAAUUUGUAGUUUGCUGUUGUUCCAUAUGAUUUCUUCUGAUAUUAUCACAGCAUCGUAUUUGAAAAUGAAGAGUACCAAUGAUUGCAUUACAUUCAUUGAUUUAAUUAGAUAACUAUUGUUUAACAGGUCCUUGUGGUUGCCUUAAGUUUAUUGAUUUCAUCCCUAGGCUUGUGAAAAGCACACAAUGUACAGUAUAUUAUAUAUGCAACUUAGUGGAAGAAUAUUUUGUUAAAUAUAUUUUGGUAUAAGGUUUCUUUAAAAAUUUAACAAAUGCUUGUAAUUUUGUCUCGAUAUGUUGGGUUAUGAGCCGAAAUAUAUUUAUGCAUUAAUUGAAAACAAUAUAAAAUUAUAUUUCAUGGUAUUAUGUAUAUCGUUUGAAAUUGAUUUGUACAUAUUAUCAUUAUAAUUAUGCAUCAGAGUUAUCAAAUUAUAUGUUUGAAUUCACAUCAACCUAUUUGGCAUCAUAUGACUUGCAUUGCAUGU